CAUCUUUGUGUGGGGCAUCCCUCGUUCUCCCGCCAUGUUUGUGUGGGGCAGCGGUUCUGUCGCGCUGUCCCGGGGACUCCGCAAUGGGUCAGCCGGAGAUGGAUCUGGUGAAGAGCUCUCGGUGUCUGCUCUGGCUGCUGUUGCUACUCCUAAUCCCCGUGCAGGGCCGCCAGAAGGAGUCAGGUUCAAAAUGGAAAAUAUUUAUUGACCAAAUUAACAGGGCUUUGGAGAAUUAUGAGCCAUGUUCAAGUCAAAACUGCAGCUGCUACCAGGGUGUCAUAGAAGAAGAUCUGACUCCUUUCCGAGGCGGCAUCUCCAGGAAGAUGAUGGCCGAGGUAGUUAGCCGAAAGUUAGGAACCCACUAUCAGAUCAUUAAGAAAAGAUUAUACCGAGAAGAUGACUGCAUGUUUCCCUCCAGGUGCAGUGGUGUUGAGCACUUUAUUUUGGAAGUCAUUGGGCAGCUCCCUGACAUGGAGAUGGUGAUCAAUGUACGUGAUUAUCCUCAAGUUCCUAGAUGGAUGGAGCCUGCCAUCCCAGUUUUCUCCUUCAGUAAGACAUCAGAGUACCAUGAUAUCAUGUAUCCUGCUUGGACAUUUUGGGAAGGGGGACCUGCUGUUUGGCCAAUUUAUCCUACAGGUCUUGGACGAUGGGACCUCUUCAGAGAAGAUCUGGUAAGGUCAGCAGCACAGUGGCCAUGGAAAAAGAAAAAUUCUACAGCAUAUUUCCGAGGAUCAAGGACAAGUCCAGAACGGGAUCCUCUCAUUCUUCUAUCUCGGAAAAAUCCAAAGCUUGUUGAUGCAGAAUAUACCAAAAACCAAGCCUGGAAAUCUAUGAAAGACACUUUGGGAAAACCAGCAGCUAAAGAUGUUCAUCUUGUGGAUCACUGCAAAUACAAGUAUCUGUUUAAUUUUCGGGGUGUAGCUGCAAGUUUCCGGUUCAAACACCUCUUCCUGUGUGGUUCACUUGUUUUCCAUGUUGGCAGUGCAUGGCUAGAAUUCUUCUAUCCACAGCUGAAGCCGUGGGUUCACUAUAUCCCAGUCAAAACCGAUCUCUCUAAUGUCCAGGAACUUUUGCAGUUUGUAAAAGCAAAUGAUGAUAUAGCUCAAGAAAUUGCUGAAAGGGGAAGCCAGUUUAUUAUAAACCAUUUGCAGAUGGAUGAUGUCACGUGUUACUGGGAGAACCUCUUGACUGAAUACUCCAAAUUCCUGUCCUAUAAUGUGACACGAAGGAAAGGCUAUGAUCAGGUUAUUCCCAAAAUUUUGAAAAUUGAACUGUAGCGGUCACAGGACCAGAGUCCUCUGUGUGGCAGCAAAUCUCAGCUAUGCUGUGGUGAAAAGCUUCCUGUGAGCAUGGUACCUGUACCUUGAACACCUUUAUCAAGCUAAGCAUCUGUUUUCCUCAGGCUGCACCCACAGCAAGUCUUAGAGAUCUCAAAUGUGUGUAAUACAUAGAUAUGAAGCGCCUCAACUAGGGCUGAAUAAGGAAAAGUUAUGAGAUGUGGAUUUUGAACUGGAUUUUACCUUUCAUUUUCUAAUGACAAGUCACAGCUUGUGUCUCAGAUCAGCUACGUGUACAUGUGCAUCCCUGUGAAAUUGAGUGUGUCUGUGUGUGAUACCUUUUGUUCCAUCACUCGGAUCUAGUACAGCUCAUUGGCACAAUUCUUAAGUUAUUCUAGAGUUCACUGCUGUUCCUUUAUUUUAAUGUAGAAAUCCUCUGGGAUUUGGGAAAAUACCUGGGCCGCAGUUCCUGAAGGCUCUAAGGAAGGAGUAGCUGUGUCACGCAAUGAUGUAGGAGUUCUUUUUGUAAAAGUAUACACUCUGGUAUGCAUGAGGUUUCUAUAGUGCCACAUAGAAAGGGCCAACUGCAUGAGUAACUAUUGCAGUUGGAUUUUAAGUUCUUUUUCUGUGCCUUCACACCCUUCUUUUUAUUGUCUCUGAAGGACAAAAAAAGACAAAAACUCAUUGAUAAAUUUAGGAAGUGGUCUUCAUUCUUUAAAAGAACUCUGGUUAAAAGAGCAGCUCUUCGCACAUCUUAAUAUUUUUCCUUAUUAAAUUGAUAGAAACAGGGCAGUCUCAGUGUUGUGCAGGGAUCACACGGAAUCUCUGUGUGAACUCAUCAGGGUGGUAAUUUAGAGCAUCCGGUUUUUACAUUCACUUAUACAUAUUUGUUUAUUUUAGUUGUUGAGGCUUUUUCUCUCCCUUUUUCGAAAAUGAUAUUUGGACAGUAGUUUACUAGAUGUUCUAACAGUAAAAAAUGAAGAAACAUGUUUAGAUUAAAACUCUAGUUCAGUGACUUAGAACCAUUCUUAUCCCUUACAUUUAACAUUUCUACAGAAAAAUUAGCUCUUUUCUUUUGGCUCUUGAGAAUUGUUCAGUGUUAACAAAUUUCGAAAUUAGUAACUGUAAGAAUCCCAUAAAAUCAGAUUUUAUUUAAUGUGUCAGAAACACGUUUGGCUCUUUAAGUCUAAAGACUUAAAAAGAGAUACUGAACAUCACCCACAAGAUCAUUGCAUUCAAAAGGCAGAUGUUUAAAAUUGAUUCUUCUGCUUGAGUACUAACAAGUUCCAUGGACCAUACCUGUGAGUACAAGUACAGUGAGAGGCAGUCCAAUUUUCUCAGUUAUGCUGUGGUUUUGCCUUAGCACUAGAAGGCCCUAUGAAACAGAAUCCUUUGCUCCACAUUUUAAUUUCCCUUUCACUAAAAUAAGAACAAAAUUAGCUCUCCUUAAGGAAUUGAAGCUUCAUUUCCCUGGGAAUGUUUCCCAUUUUGUUUUAGGUUGCAGCUUCUGUCUGACUCUGUCUUUCAUUCUUCCAGGCAGUUAGGGGCUACCAUAAUACUUUCCUUGUGCCAGUAUUUUAUGAUAAUACAUUUUAGUUAUUUGGCUAUUUCUAUUCUGUGAGCUUAGUGAUAGGUAGGAAUCAUUAUUUACUCAUCUUGAUGUCUUCAUUAUCCAACAUAGUGCCUCACACAAUAAGUACUAAAGAGCUAUUGGAGAUAGUGGGAUGGAUGGGUGAAGACAGCUGGCAUAACAGGAUCCUCUUUGUAGAUUUUCUUGCCAUUAGCGCCGACGAGGAAUUGGAUAAUCUGUCCAAAUCCUCAUUUGUCGUUCAGAGUCAAUCAGGACAUCUUUGUCUUUAAAUACAGCAGAAGUUGCUCAGAUUUUGUACUUACCUGUUUACCUCAGUGUAGAUGGUAUGAGGAUUGUGUGUAAUAAUAUGUAAAGUGUUUAUUUUUGAAAAUAAUUUGUAUCUCUACAACAUGUGAAGGGUUUUGUCAUCAUUAAUACUUGCUUAAUCCCAAA